UGUGUUUUUAAUGCAACUUUAUUAAUUCAUUUACGCAUACAUUUAAGAGAAAAGUUUUGUUUGCUUCGAAGAACUUAAUUAUAUUGCUGAAUUUGAGAAAAUUAUAUGUUUAAUUGCUACAUUAGAUUUAAUACUAAAGAAAGCUCAAUGAUGGAGUAAUAAUGGAGUACUGCUUCUAAAGAUUAAUAUCCUUUAAAAACAUAGAUCGUAAAGCCUUGAUACAAAAUUUUAAUCUUAUAUUUAGCAAAUUAAAGACAAAAAAAAAAAAAAAAAAUGGCAAAUGUAAUAUACGCUGCCGGAGGUCUUAUUAUACUUCAUACUGCACAGUGCCAACCAAAAGACUCGACAUCAAUUAUUGUCACAAACCUUCUUUCUAUCGCCGUAUCCACUAUUGCAUUUUGGGGAUGUGGCUUUGCGUUUGCUGUUGGAGAUCCUUCAAGCAGCAAUUUUUAUCUAUCUCACACCAAGUUUUUUUUGAUUGAUGCAAGCAUUAGUGAUUUUGAGCGCUUCGUUCCAGAAGUUUGUCUGACUAGUUUAAUUAUAGUGCUUGUCAACAGUGGAUUUGUGUCACGUCUAAGACAUUGGAUAUAUCCAUUUGUCGCAAUCUUGGUUUCAGGUUUUACCUACCCGUGUGUACGUCACUGGACAUCAAGUGAUGACGGUUGGCUCGCAAAAGGAAUAGAGUAUAGCGACGGAGCACAAGUCAAAUAUAGGGAUAAAUAUGGUGCAGGCUAUCUACAUGUUUUUGCUGGAAGUGCUUCUUUGAUUGGGACCAUUUUGUUAUCUGCUCGAAAAGAGCGACAGAAAAAGAACUUUCCUCCUCUUGACGGACAAAUUACACCUCUGAUGCUUGUCGGUGGUACACUGGCUUUUGGAGGCCUUAUGAGUAAAAACUUUGGGACAAGUCAGGGUUUUGUAAAUAAUAUUUUGGCAGCUCAUGCAUCAGCAUUAGUGGCAUAUGGUUUUAAAAGACUUGAGUUACGAGGAAACAUAAGUGGAACAAAAGCUUUUUUAAAUGGUGCAAUUGCUGGAUUGGUGAGUGUGUCGUGUGAUCCAGAUACGUAUCAUUCAUACGGUGGAUUUGUAAUCGGUGUUGUGGGAGGGCUUGCAUUCGUUUUUUGGAAUUUCAUACUUCAUUCGUUGCAUAUCGAUGAUCCUACUCAAACUGUUUCCGUGAAUCUUGGGUGUGGUUUAUGGGCGCUGUUAGCUGGACCCUUAUUUCGUUCACGAGGUAUACUUUAUAAUGGAUCCACAGUAAAUUUUCGAGACUUUGGAUGGAAUUUGUUAGGAGGUGUCGCAAUAUUUGUCUGGUCUGGAAUAUCUUUAUUUAUACUUCUUAUAGUACUCGUUUUAUUCAAAGUUGCUAAAAACAAUGAUAUUAGAGUUUCGGAAGCUGGAAUGGAUAUAAUAGAGCACAACGAACCUGCUUACCCUGACCAUGACUCCUACUCGCACAUAAAAACAGAUGGAUUGAGCAAUAUUUUCAUGGACCGAUUAACUUCAAAAAAUGAUUUCAUUAAUGAUUCUUCAUACAUUCCUAAAUUAGAAUCGGAUGGAAUUAGAAACCCAAGGGAAUUAUACUUUCAAAUGUCAUAAAGUCAUAUAAGCUUUCCUAGAAAGAGUCAAAGUUUUGAUUAAAAUUUAAAAAAUAAGAUAUUUGUA